AUGGCUUCCGCAUUGAAGCUAGCAUCCGUCAUUGGGUUCGGGGGCGACGUCGUGGACGGCCUGCUGGUGCACCCGGACGGCGAGCACGUGAUUUAUCCGCUCGGGAGCACGAUUGUGGUGCGCAGGAGGGACGACCCGAGCGACCAGCGGUUUCUGCGCGGGCACAAUGACAAGGUCUCGUGCCUCGCGCUGUCCAACUCCGGGAAGUACCUCGCGUCCGGCCAGCAGACCUACAUGGGCUUCACGGCGCCCAUCAUUGUCUGGGACCUCGAGACGCUCGAGAUCGUGCACCGGCUGUCGCUGCACAAGGUCAAGGUCCAGAGCCUGACGUUCUCGUGCGACGACCAGUUCCUCGCGUCGCUCGGCGGGCACGACGACAACGCGCUCGUGCUGUGGGAUGUCGUGUCCGGGGAGGCGCUGUGCGGCUCGCCGACCUCGAACGACUUCACGCUGACGGUGCGGUUCUUCAACAACGACCCGAAGCGGCUCAUGACGGCCGGAAACUACUCCUGCAAGGUCUGGGAGUACUUGGAGGAUGUGAACAAGGUGCGGCCGACCGAAGUGCACAUCGGGUCGCUCAGCCGGGUCUUCAACACCAUCACGAUCGACGACAAGGACGAGUUCGCCUACGUCGGGUCCUCCUCCGGCGACUUCGUCCAGGUCUCGCUCGCGAACGCCAACAUGCGGGGCGUCGGCCCAGGCAACGGCCUGGUCAAGAAAGGCAUCACGUGCUCCGCGGCCACCCCCAACGGCCUCCUCCUGCUCGGCGGCGGCUCCGGGACGCUCUCCGUGGUCGACCACCGCAACGUCGCGCGCGGGAAGAUCGUCGCGGCGUCGCAGCGCGCCAUCGCGCCCGACGCCGUCACCUCGCUCUCCGUCGACUGGGCGUCCUUCGACGGGCGCCGCUACCUCGCGUUCGCGGGCACCGAGGGCUGCGAGAUGUACCGCAUCGUCAUGGAGGAGACGCAGGUCGUGAUGGCGGAGCUCGUGCAGACGGCGCAUCCCGGGCCCAUCACGGGCCUGGCCUUCCCGUAUGAGUAUGGGGAGGUGUUCGCGACGUGCGACAUCGGGACGAUCCGGGUGUGGCACCUGGAGUCGUGCCGCGAGCUGCUGCGGAUCCGCGUGCCGAAUCUGGAGUGCAAGUGCGUGUGUCUGACGGACGACGGCAGCGCGCUGGUGUCGGGGUGGAGCGACGGGCGCAUCCGCGCGUUCGGGCCGCAGACGGGGAAGCUGCUGUGGGUGAUCAACGACGCGCACCACAAGGGCGUGACGGCGAUCGCGUGCUCGAGCGACUCGACGCGGCUCGUCACAGGCGGCGCGGAGGGGCUGGUGCGUGUGUGGGCGCUGGGGCACGACUCCCAGGUGAUGCUCGCGAGCAUGAAGGAGCACAAGGGGCCCGUGAACGCGCUCGCGAUGCGCAAUAGCAGCGACACGGAGUGCGUGAGCGCGGCCUCGGACGGCAGCUGCGUCGUCUGGGACCUGGAGCACAUGCACCGGAGGCUCGCGCUGCAAGCAAACACCUUUUUCAAGUCCGUGGCGUACCACCCGGACGACAGCCAGCUCGUGACGUGCGGCUCGGACCGGAAGAUCACGUUCUGGGACGCGUACGACGGGCAGCCGAUCCGCAUCAUUGACGGCUCGGACGACGCGGAGAUGAGCAGCUUGGCGACGGACGCGGACGGCGCGAUCCUCGUGACGGGCGGGCACGACAAGACGGUGUCGGUGUGGGGGUACGACGACGGGCUGUGCCACAACCGCGGGCUCGGGCACUCGGGGGAGGUGUCGCGCGUGCUGGUGUCGCCCGACAGGACGAGGAUCGUCAGCGUGGGGACGGAGGGGGGGAUCUUCAUCUGGGAGGUGCCGCACAUCGAGACGUCGUAG